CAUUGUUUGUUUACCAAGAAAACAAUUGAACUAGCUAGCUAUAGUAAGAUAUCAGACAAAAAAAAAUAUGGGUUCUCUAUCAUCACCUCCUAAGAUUCCUGUCGUAGAUUUUUCCCAAGAAAAUUUGAAGCCUGGAACAAGCUCCUGGGUCUCAACUUGCAAGGAAGUCAUGCAGGCACUAGAGGAAUAUGGCUGCUUUGAGGCAGUUUACGAUAAAGUUCCUCUUGAAUUUCACAAAGCUUUCUUUGAGAAAUUGGAAGAACUUUAUGAUCUUCCUCUCGAGACCAAAAGGAGAAAUGUUUCUAAUAUUCCUUAUCAUGGGUAUGUUGGAAAUCAACCUUUUAUCCCUGCUGUUUAUCAAGGCAUGGGCAUCAAUAAUGCUGCCACCCUAGAAGGAACUCAAGCCUUCACCAACUCCAUUUGGCCUGAAGGAAACGAGGAUUUCUGCAAAACUGCUCUGGAAUACUCAAAACUGAUAGCAGAGUUAGAGCAAACGGUGAUGAAAAUGGUGUUUGAGAGCUAUGGAGCAAAGCAGACGCAUGAGUCCCAUCAAGAAUCAAUUACUUACUUGUUUCGUUUGAUGAAAUAUAGACUACCUGAGAAGAAUGAAGAUGAUCUGGGAGUUGGUAUCCAUACAGACAAAUGCUUCGUAGCUGCGUUACAUCAAAAUGAAGUCAGUGGUUUGGAGGUGAAGACAAAAGAUGGUCAAUGGAUUCUCUAUGAACCAUCUUCACCUUCAUCCUUCAUCGUUAAUGCAGGAGAUGCACUCAUGGCAUGGAGCAACGACAGAAUUCAUGCUCCUCUCCACCGAGUGGUGAUGAGAGGAAGCAAAGAAAAAGCAAGGUACUCAGUUGGAAUAUUUUCUUUCCAUAAAGGCGUAGUCCAAGUUCCAGAAGAGCUGAUUGAUGAGCAGCAUCCUCUACGCUAUAAACCAUUUAAUAACUUUGACAUGCUGCGUUACUACAACACUGAAGAGGGUCGGGCACAAGAGAAUACUGUUAAAGCUUACUGUGGAAUUUAAGCUGAAGACUUCUCUUUCCUCUUUCAAUUAUCCAUGUGAAAUUCCGUCAACCUCAACAAUAAAAUUUCCCAUCUGAUCAGCUCGUGUUGAAAAAAAAUAUAUAGUUGUGUUUAAAUAAUUGAGAAAUAAAAAUGGUGCCGGCUCACCAUGUUAUGUUUUAAUAUUGUAUAUCUUUUAAUUAUGAGUACGUGAUUCUUGUUUAAUCUA